AUGGGCAUCCAGCGUCUACUCCAGUCAGGCUUUGGUGGAUUCCAGAGCGCUCUUCAGAAGACUUACCAGAAGAUUCUUAGAGAGAAGGAAAGUGCCCUGGAGGCAAAGUAUCAAGCCAUGGAGAGAGCUGCCACCUUUGAGCACGACAGAGACAAGGUCAAACGGCAGUUUAAGAUAUUCCGGGAGACUAAAGAAAAGGAAAUUCAGGAUUUGCUGCGGGCAAAACGAGAUCUGGAGUCAAAACUUCAGCAGCUGCAGGCUCAAGGCAUUCAGAUUUAUGAUCCAGCAGACUCGGAUUCAGACGACAACGGCACCACUGUCACCACUGCAGGAACUCAGUGUGAGUACUGGAGUGGUGGAGUGUUGGGCAGCGAGCCGUCCUUGGGCAGUAUGAUGCAGUUACAGCAGACACACAGGGGUCCAGAAUUCGCUCACAGUCUCAUCGACGUGGAGGGGCCGUUUGCCAAUGUCAGCAGAGAUGAUUGGGAUGCAGCUGUAGCCAGUCUGCUGCAAGUUUCUCCUCGCGUCUCUCAGGCUCUGUGGAGUAACACAAUCCGCUGCUACCUCAUAUACACACAGGAGACCAGAGCGGAGAUGCAGACCUUUAUACAGACUCAUUCUUUGAGGCUGCAGAGGUUUUGUGAGGGUUUGGGUCAUUUCUACCUGAACGUGUCAUUUCCUGAGGAGAAAGCUGCUCUGUAUGCUGCUGAACGCAGGCAGGAGAUCGAGAGGAGCUCUGUGUGUGUGCUGCUACUCAAGUCCUCAGUGUCCAGUUGUGUUGUGGAGGAUGUGGAGGAAGCAUUUGUGAAAACCCCAGACUCUCGGCCUCUCUUGCUGUAUUUGCGAACUGGUGACAGAAAAGGAGAAAAGGAAGAGGUGUCCACCCUCAGUCCAUCCACUAGAGACUUGCUGGAGAGAGUUAACAAAGCUGACAAGAGUGCCAAACUUAAAGUAGUGGAUUAUGCAGGGUCUGUAGAGGAUGGAGCUGCUCUUAUCUUCACUCAACUUGAAAGAAUUAUCAAACAGGAGUUGUUGGGAUUGGAGUUAGAAGAGAGUGGAGGUGUGGAGGAGAGAGAAGAGGAAGACUCUGGUGAUAUGCUGUGGGACCUUCAUGAUGAGCAGGAGCAGAUUGAGGCGUUCCAGCAGGCUUGCAGCGCUGCUUCCAGAUUCAGCUUCCAGAAGUAUGUUGACCAACUCAAUGACAUGGUAGCCGCCCCUCCACCCACCCCACCACUGCUGGUAUCUGGUGCACCUGGAUCGGGCAAAUCACUUUUGCUCGCUAAAUGGAUAGAGUUACAGCAGAAACACUCUCCCAACACCCUCAUUCUGUAUCACUUCACAGGACAUCCUCUCUCUACCAGCACAGAUCCAGUGCUCAUCAUUAAGCGCCUCACAGUGAAGCUGCUCCAGCAUUUCUGGUCUAUUUCCGGCCUCUCGAUGGACCCUUCUAAGAUACUCGAGGAGUUCCCACGCUGGCUAGAGCGGCUGUCUGCACGUCACCACGGCAACAUCAUAAUCAUCAUUGACUCCAUUGACCAAAUACAGAAUGCUGAGCGGCACAUGAAGUGGCUGAUUGAUCCUCUUCCUGCUAAUGUGAGAGUGCUGGUGUCAGUUAACGUGGAGACCUGCCCACAGGCAUGGAGAUUGUGGCCCACGCUGCACCUGGACCCACUCAAUCCCAGAGAGGUGAAGAGUGUCAUCAGCACAGAAUGUGUGAACAGCGAUAUCAAACUCACCAAAGAUCAGGAAAAGAAGUUGGAGAGACAUUGCCGUUCAGCUGCAACAUGCAACGCGCUCUAUAUCACACUACUAGCAAGACUCAUUACACAAUCCAGAUCCUCCUGGACAUUGGAGAGGACUCUACAGCAGUGUGCGUUGUGUCAAGAUACAAUAUCACUAUACAGACUGGGCCUGAAGGUUGUGCUAGACUCACUCGGCACUGAUCAGGAAAAGCACAUCAUGAAAGAGCUAUUGUGCCUGGUAUGUGCCAGUCACAACGGCAUCAGUGAAUCAGAGGCUUUGGAGCUGUUCCCAGACCUGAGUUUUCCUGCUCUCACCUCACUGCUCCACAAUCUGGAGAGACUCCUCAUCAUUACCUACACCUGUGGUCUCAUUCGCUUUCAGCACCCACAGGCAUGUGAAGCGGUCAACCAAGAGUUUCUGGAUGGGGGCAAAUGUCAUGGAUCCUACAGAGAGAAAAUCAUUCGGUUCUUCAGUGAACAGCUGAAGCAAGACAGAGUGACGUGGAGGGUAGCUGAUGAAUUGCCAUGGUUACUGCAGCAGCAGGAAGAUCAAAGUAAACUCCAGAUGAGUCUACUUAACCUGUUUGUGUCCCAGAACCUGUACAAGAGGGGUCAUUUCUCUGAGCUGCUGACAUACUGGCAAUUUGUUGGUAAGGAUAAAUGCUCGAUGGCAACAGAGUAUUUCGACUCAUUGAAGGAGUUUGAGAAGACCUGUGAGAGUGAACAGAGCAUGAGCCAACUGGCCAACCUGUACGAGACACUGGGUUGCUUCCUUAAAGACCUGGGACUGCUCAGCCAGGCGGUGGCCCCCUUGCAGCGCUCCUUGGAGAUCCGUGAGACGGCUUUGGAUCCGGACCACCCAAGUGUGGCUCAGUCCCUGCACCAGCUUGCGGGGGUUUACGUUCAUUGGAGGAAAUUUGGAAACGCAGAGCAGUUGUACAAACAAGCUAUGGAGAUUUGUGAAAACGCUUAUGGCCCUGAACACAGCACUGUCGCUAGAGAACUAGACUCACUCUCGCUCCUCUACCAGAAACAAAACAAAUAUGAGCAGGCUGAGAAGUUGAGAAAGAGAUCAGUCAAGAUUAGACAGAAGACAGCACGACAGAAAGGCCACAUGUAUGAUUUCGCUCUCUUGAAGCGGCGGGCACUGCAGUUAGAGGAACUUACUCUUGGCAAAGACUCGGCAGAUUGUGCCAAGACUCUAAAUGAGCUUGGAGUGCUUUAUUACCUGCAGAACAACCUGGAUGCUGCAAAAAUGUUCUUGACCCGAUCCCUGGAGAUGCGCCAGCGUGUGCUAGGGCCGGAUCACACUGACUGUGCCCAGUCUCUGAACAACCUAGCUGCGCUCCACAGCGAGAGGAAAGAGUAUGAGAGUGCCGAGGAGCUGUAUGAAAGAACGCUUGACAUCCGCAAACGAGCACUUGCCCCAGAUCAUCCCUCUCUCGCCUAUACCCUCAAACACUUGGCCAUGCUUUACAAACGCAGGGGGAAGCUGGAAAAGGCAGUGCCAUGA